AAUAUAGCAACCAAGUGAUCGGUUUUCACUUAAUCCUAGUAUUAAAACCUAUUCCGCACGAAAAAUUGGCACAAAACCGCAAAUAAAAAAAAUUUUCUAUUUUUUGCAACAUUAAUAACACGAAAAUACGUCUCUGGUUAAUUGAUGCCCUUGCUACCAUAAAUGUCAUUUCAUUUCCAUUCAUUCCUUCUAUAACAAACGCGUAAUUGUUUAUAUUGACAUUGCGCAGGUGACAUCAGAGACCGCGUUUGUUUAAUAAAUUGAGAUAAAUAUUUAACAAAAGAAUUAAUAUGAAUAUUGUAAAAGAGGAAAUUGAUAUAAGUUCAAUUGGAUAUGAUGAAGAUGUGUUUUUUGAAACAGAGGAUGACAAUAGUAUUGGCAGCAGCUAUGACAUCUUAGAAGGUUCUGUAGAAGAAGCUGAUUUCUUAUAUAUACCAGAUGAUAAUUUAGAGACAUAUUUGAGCGCUUCAAUACGAAGUAACUUAAUGGAGUUGGAUUAUGACUGGAGAACUGAAUGCAAUUACUGUGCGGAAUCUUUCAAAACUUUUCAAGAACUUUUAAAUCAUAUCUAUAACAAUCAUAACACUAUAAAUAACGAGCUCCAUUGUGUUUUAAGGGACUGCACAGAGGCAUUCGCUAAUGAGAAAUUACUAACGCGCCAUAUAAUUUUUCUUCAUGGUGACCUAAACAAGUUAAAAAUAUAUGGUUGCUGCUCUGACUGUGGACUGCCUUUCUCGAACUUUUUGGUGCUUAACAAACAUUCUUGUUAUCAAAAACUUAAACUUAAAUCUGGAUUAAGGCUCCAUUGCAGUGAUUGCCAGAUGGACUUCCAAUCAUUUAAACGGUAUAAAUUUCAUUUGCAGUUUCAUUUGAUAAAGCAUAGGCCCAAAUGCUGCUUAAUUUGUGGUUUGAACAUAGCAGACGAUAAUGAAUUAUUUGAACAUGUACAAUAUUUUCAUGAACAAUCGGAUCAAUUGACUUGCACUUGUUGCGAUCGCAUAUUUAAGGACAAGGAGCGGUUUGAAGCACAUUGUAACACUCAAAAAUCUAACUUAAAAUAUUAUUGCGAUUUCUGUCCAAAGAAAUAUGCCAAUAAAUCUAUACUUGCAACGCAUAUGAAAAUUUCUCACCUUGCGGGAAAUCCAGUCUCCUGCACAUAUUGCAACAAACAAUUUCCAAAUUCUAUUUGCCGUUCAUAUAAAAAUCAUAUAAAAAACCAUGAACUAAUUGAAUCGCAGGUACAAAGUUUUAUCUGUACAACAUGCGGUUUAAUCACGAGGGACGAAGCCAACUUAAAUAAUCACUUAACAUGUAAUAAACCGACGCUCGAAGAGGAAAUAAUCACAUAUGCAUAUACCUGUGAGUUCUGUUCAUCGAAUUUUAAGAGCGCUUACCAUUUGCAGACGCAUCGUGCAACUCGCAUACAUGACGACAAUCUUUACCAUUGUUUAACGUGUGAAGAAAACUUUACGUGUUAUAAAAGCUUACGCACUCAUGAAAAAUAUCAUUCAGUUGAUCAAUGGAAAUUAGCUCUGAGUAGAGUCUUUAUGUGCGCUGUUAAGGGAUGUGGAGAAACAUAUGUACAGUGGAGUGGGUAUCAUAGUCAUAAAACUCAUUGCCAUUUAGAAGAGACAUGCGUCACAUGCAAAGAAACAUUUAAGAACACUGAACAACUAGCAGAGCACAUGGAAACAUGUAGUAAUACACGGGCUUUUACGUGUCAAUUUUGUAAAAAAGUUUGUCCAACUAAAAUGUCUUUAGCCGUACACGUUGCAAGAAGUCAUAAUAAUAAAAAUUUGAAAUGUUCAAUUUGUAAAAGUAUAAUUAAAAAUAAGGCACUCCUCGAAAAGCAUAUGGACUCUUGCCACCAAGAAAUGCGGUGUAAUGAAUGCCAUAAAAUAUUCAAAAAUGGAAGAAAUUUGGAGAAGCAUAAAAAAAUUGUUCACGAGUCCAUUAAACGUUAUUUCUGCAAAUCAUGUGACAAAGGUUUCUACUAUAAAAGUGAAUUGAAACAACACAACACAUUUAUCCAUAAGCCUUUCCUCUACGAAUGCAAUGAAUGUUUAUUUACUACAAAUUAUAAAAACUCCUUUGAUAUACACAUGGCUAUGCAUAGAGAACAAUUACAACAUAAAUGUCCCAUAUGCAAUAGAAUGUUUGGACGAAAAUAUGCCUUAAAUUUACAUAUAAAGCGUCAUUCGGAUCAUAAAGAAUUUAUCUGCUCACAACGUAUCAAGGAUGGCUGUGAUGCAUCAUUUAUUUCAAAUUACUUAUUACGAAAGCACAUUAAGAGUAGACAUUCUAACUAUGAGUUACUACAGUUACCAAAACUCCAAAAUAACCAAAGCAUUUCAGAACUCGAAUUACAAAAUAGUAUUGAUGAUGCUGAUGAUCCAUUAAACGUUGUUAACGAAUCACUUAACUAUGCUGCUGAUGUUGAUAAUCCACCACAUGAUUUUGACGACUUAUUGAAAAAUGUUGACGAUGCACCAAACUGCACUGACAAUAUACCAAUCAUGGUUGUGGACUACGAUGAAGCUAACGAUAUUGGGGAAAGUAAUACCUAUAUUUCGUACAUGAUACUAGAUGAAAAUAUACAAGAAAAUCCAAUAGAAGAGGUUUUUGCAGAAAAUAAUAGAACUGACAUUAGUUUAAUUAAUAUUGUAGAAGAGGAUACGAGGGAAAUAGAUAUAGAUAUAAUUGAGGAAAUAACUGACUAAUACAGGAAAAAAGCUAAUUUUUUUAGUUCUCUGUAUUAUUUCAAUUUAUACACUAAGGUCUUCAGAAUAGUCAAUAAUUAAUUAUUUUAUUUUACAAUAAUUGUUACAUUAGAUUUUAAAAAACAGAAUUAUAUUUAAAUUAACAUUGAAAAUUGACAUUGUAUAGACGUUUUCUACAAAAAUUUUGUUAAUAAUUAUUUUUGCGUUUUUAUAGUACUGUAUUAGUUGUAUUGCAGUAACAUUAAAAUAUUGUGAAAACUAUUUAUUUACUUAGUAACCUUGUGAUAUUGAAUUAGUCAAAUAACACUAGUUUACAAACAACAUUUUUUAUAAUUUAUAAUUUUUCCCAAAGACGAGACAUAUAUUUUCUAUAGUAUAAUUUUUCAUAGAAUUCUAAAAUCAUAAUCUGUGUACCAAUGACCUGUUAUUUGCGAAUGAGUGUUACUAGAUAUAAUAAAUAUCCGAUAAAAUGUGAAACUAAUACGAAUAUAUUAAGGUACGAAUAUAUUAAGG